AUGGAAGCCCUUCUAUCCGCCCAAAUCCAGCGCUUGAUCGUCACCGAGAACCCAAUCAACACCGCCCACUACAAGCACUCCCGAAAUGCUAAACCCACCACGAAGGUGGCCGUCACCCACAAGGUGUUCGACAAAAUGCCCCACUCAGAUACCUUCGCAUGGAACAGACUUAUCCAGACCCAUAUCGCCAAUGCCGACUUCCUCCAUGCCCACGCUCACAAGCUCGGCUGCUCUGGUGACCGGUACGUGGUUGCUGCUCUCAUUGAGUUGUACGGUCGCCUCGACACCGCGGACUCCGCGAAAGGGCUGUUUGACAAGUCCCUGGUUAAGGACUCUGUUUCAUGGACAAUGCUGGCCAGGCUGUACAUUACGGAAGGUAAACCCGGCAAGGCGGUUCAUGUGUUUGAGAGAAUGGUGGAGUCCGGAGCACAGAUAGAUUUUGUGGCUGUGGCGACGGCGGCUGGUGCCUGUGGCAUGUUGAGAUCGUUGAUUGAUGGAACAAAAGUCCACAGGGUUGCCAAGGAACGUGGAUUGGAGUAUGAUGUGUUGGUGAGCAAUACCCUCUUGAAAAUAUACAUGGACUGUGGCUGUAUCGACGAAGCUUGGGCAGUUUUCAACCAAAUACCGGAGAAAGAUGUCAUUUCUUGGACAGAAAUGAUUCAUGCCAAUGUGAAGAGGGGAUGCUUCAAUGAGGGUCUUAAGCUGUUUAGGCAGAUGGUUGGAGACGGGGUGAAACCUGAUCCGCUCUCGGUCUCUAGUGUUCUCCCAGUAUGCGCAAGAAUGUCUGCAGGUAAACAUGGCAAAGAGACUCAUGGAUUCUUGCUGCGACAUGGCAUUCGAAUGAAUCUCACCGUUCUGAAUGCUCUUAUGGACAUGUAUGUCAAGUCGGGAUUUAUCAAAUCAGCUGCAAAAGUUUUUGCCAGGUCGAAGUACAGAGAUCUUGUUUCGUGGACAGUGAUGAUAACUGGGUACAGCUUACACGGACAAGGAAAGAUCGGAGUAGAUUUAUUCUGCCAAAUGGAGAAGGAAACGAGUACACAGAUCGAUGAAAUCACCUAUGCUGCUGUCCUUCAUGCUUGCGUUGCAGCACGCAUGGUCGAGGAAGGGAAGUUUUACUUCAACUGCAUCAAGACACCUACAGUUGCACAUUGUGCUUUGUUCGUAACUCUUCUAUCGCGUUCUGGGCUGUUUUAUGAGGCAAAGAACUUUAUUGCCGAUAAAAAGACCGCAUCGGAUCCCGUCAUGCCUGAACAAGAGCUCAAGGACUACGAGAUCAACCUUAAGGAUUGCAGGCCCAUGGUGCUCGACACCCUCUUCAUGCUUUUCUCGUCAAAAUCACCUCGCCAGUACCUGCACCAGUAUCUUAAAACUCCUCGAGGUCCUGCCAUGGCGUCUCUGUCCGACAUCAAGGCUGCACCACUCUUCUCUUGCACCGUCCUCCGUCUCUCGCCUCGCAGCUGCCACCAACUUCAAAGACCGCUGUCAAACGACUAG